CUUUAGGAUCCCACUGCUUACCGUUAUCAAAUUGACCCUCCACGUGGUAUGUGUUGUUGACACAGAUGAAGACCAGGAAAACCUCUGAUAAGGGACUGCUUUAAAUGUGGAAUCUGAGAAGAAUUUCUCACAUUUACACAUCAGCAGAGAGAAUAACCAGUUGAAAUGAUGCAUCUGCAGUUUGCGAUACUGACUUUGGCCAUCGCUACCACAACAGCAUUUCCACUCGAUCAUGAAACCAGUCGAGAAGCACCAUGGAGUUUACAGAAAGACAAUCAAGCAUUUGACAAGAAAGCCUUUGCCAAAGAUUCAAACAGUGGAAUGUGGAAAAACCAUGUUGUGAGCAGUGACCUUUACUCCCAGGACUCCUACAACCCCAUGGCUGCUGAACUCCGACACAAGCUGAGUAUGGAGUCUGAACGGCUAAGAGCUCGUCUAAAGCAGGAGCUCGCUGAGCUGAGGGAGAGACUCUCACCUUACCCCAGUCACCCAAAACACACCCUGGCCAAUGUCCGAGAGUUCCUAGCCCCUUUUACAAAGCAACUUCAGACUGCUCUCCAGUCCAACACCCAGGAACUCUGUGAGAAACUCAAUUUGAACUUCCAGGACCUGAACCCAGAUGAAGCAACACUCUACCAGGAGGCUGUGCAGAAGGUCACUCAAGCACUGGAUGAAAGCCACCAGAAAAGGACUGCAGCUUUUGACGAGUUUAAAACAAAAGCCUUUGAAGCUGUAGAGGAGGAAAAGGACAGUAGUGGAAAGGAACUCUGGGAGGAAGUGGCUGCCAGGCUUGGACAGGAAGUGUGUACCUUCAGUUUGGAGGUGCAAGGCAAGGUGGCGGCACUGAAAAUAACUUUGGUGGGCCAUCUUGCGUCAAUACAGCCUCCAAGGGAUGUGAUGGCUUCAAAAGUGGACCAGUUCUGCCAGAAUUCUUCAGCACAGAAUCAACAGUUUAUUUCAAAUUUAGACCAACAGAUAAUCACUCUACAAGAAAAUCAGAAUAAUGGCGAGUCAUCUGGCUUUCAUCAGACAAACAUAGAGUCCAUACAGGAGGAUUUCUCUAUUAGACUUACUGCCCUUUUACAAGACAUUGUACACACUCUAAAUUAAUUAAGAAAACCUCUCCAUUCUUAUCCUUUUCUAGAAUUACAACUGUAAUGUAAAUAGUAGCUCAUGCAAUGCUUGGAUUGUAUAUUGUAAACUGUAACUUUUGUAGAACACUCUUUGUACAUGUAUGUAAAGUUUUCAAAGAUCAUCUUAAAAGCAAUUGAUCUGUCAAUGGAAAGAGACAACCAAGAACCUUUCAUCUAAUGCAGGUUUCUUGAAAAUGUGUGUUGUACUGUAUAUGUUGUUUCAUAAACAAUUUGAAAGCAUGUAAAUAAAGAUAUAUUUGUACAGAUGUUGAAAUGAUUAUACUGUAUGUUGUCCGUUCAACUUUGCCUCAACCAGACUAAUAAAGAAUAUUAA